CACGCUACUUCCAUUUGGAGACUCCCGUUUGCUUUCAGUUUGCGCUGUUAAGGCGGACGAACACUUAUGCAUCCGAAUUCGCAUUCGUUUUGAGGGGAAAAGUGGUGAUAAUGAAGCUUUUCUUUAAUGCACUCGCAGUUACUUUGUUUUUACUCUACCAUGUUGAGUCUGGUUUUGGUUCAGAUAAAGUCGCAGUGUCAGUGAAGGAGGGAGAUUCAGUCACUCUACACACUGGAGUUGAAACAAACCAACAAGAAGAUAUUAAAUGGUAUUUCGGCAGCACUCGCCUCGCACAAAUCAGUGGAGAUCUCAGUUUUAUCUGUACAGAUGUUCAGUGUAAUGCAGGUACUGAGAGAUUCAGAGACGGACUGAAGCUGGAUCAUCAGACUGGAUCUCUGACCAUCAUGAACACCAGAACCACAGACUCUGGGGAAUAUAAACUGAAAAUCAUAAGCAGCGACGACAGUGAAAAGAUCUUUAGUGUUUCCGUCACUGAUGUUUCUGCUGCUGAACUAUAUGAAAUGAAAGAGGGAGAAUCUGUUACUUUAGAUCCUGGUGUUAUAAAACACCCAAAUGAUGUGAGGACGUGGUGUUUUAAUGACACUCUUAUCGCUGAAAUCACUGGAGACCAGAGUAAGAUCUGUACAGAUGAACAGUGCACACAUCAAUACUCAGAACUCAGAGACAGACUGAAGCUGGAUCAUCAGACUGGAUCUCUGACCAUCACAAACACCAGAACCACAGACUCGGGACUCUAUAAAGUACAGAUCAUCAUCAGUGACAGCAGCUUCAGCAUCACCACAGUGAAGAGAUUCAGUGUUUCUGUCACUGCUGUUUCAGAUUCAGAUCUGCCUUCAGCUGCUUUAGCAGGAAUAGUUGUUGCUGUUGUUCUGCUGGUGGCUGCUGCUGCUGUAGCUGCUGGUGUGUUUUACUGUCGCCGCAGGAGCCAUACAGCAGUACCACCGAAUGAGGAUGAUGAUGGUAACUCACCGCCUGCUCCUAAUAACAUUCAUUUGAAGUAGAUGGGAUGUCCUUAAACAUCCGUUUACUCACAGAGUGAUCCGAAGAUUUCAGUAGUCAGUACCAAUACUAGUACAAUUGUCACACCUAUUAUAGCAUACCAAUUUAAAUGACAUAAACAAUUAUUUUUAUUUUAUUUUAUUUUUUUAAAUAGAUUAAAAGGUAACAUUUAGCAUUGAAAAGUAUAUGAGAAAUAAUGUAAGCAACAUGGUAACAGCAUUCAAACAGAUAGUUGUAGUUUUUUGGUAUGUAGAGGUUUAUCAAAUCUGCUAAUGUGAUUGAGAUGGAAACAGAACAGUGAGACAUCUGUUUCAUGUCUUUUGCACUACAUGAAGUAUUAAUGCACUGAUCUGGUUUGACAUAUGAGUCAUUAUGUCCUGCCUGUUUAUAUCCACACUGAUAGAACGGACUGCGUUUCCACAAAUACUGCACCAAGUUGAGCAUUACACUGGGGG